AAACAAAUCUAAUAACUAUACAUAAUAUAUACCCCAUAUACAAUGCAUACCAGCAAAGGAUACAAUCUACAAUCAACUAAUUGAGGCAACACAUAUUUUAAAACUAGAUCUCACUGCUAGGCCAACAUCAAUCAAUUCACAAUAAUUCUCAGCAAAAUGACGCACAGUUUAGCCGCACAGAGUAUAAAUAAUUCUAGCGACAAAAUGUUCUCCCGCCAGUGCCUUUCCAGCUCCUCCCCGCGCUCCACCUAUCCCCGCUCAAUAUUAACGACAACCCCAUCAUCAUUAGCAUCGAUAUCAGAGUCGCGUCGAAUUCGGCCGACACGAAACUGGAUUGGGAAUGGGAAUGGGAUUGGCAAUUGGAACCUUAGCCUCUUGGCAUUGAUCAUUGCCAGCGGCUGUUUAAUGCUCAAUGCGCCAGCAAUUGCAGCUUUCGAUAUUGCCACAUGCAAUGUGCCUCUGGGCAUGGAAUCGGGCGCAAUCACAGAUGCUCAAAUCACAGCUAGCUCAGCCCAUGACACGGGCUUUGUUGGACCACAACAUGCAAGACUGAAAACCGAUAAUAAUGGCGGUGCCUGGUGCCCCAAGCAUAUGGUAUCGAAUGCGCUCAAGGAAUAUCUGCAGGUGGACUUGCUGCAGACGCACGUGAUAACCGCCAUACGGACGCAGGGUCGCUUCGGGAAGGGUCAGGGCCAGGAGUACACCGAGUACUAUGUGCUCGAGUACUGGCGGCCGGGCUUCGACAAAUGGCAGCGCUGGAAGAACACACAGGGCAAGGAGAUCUUGCCGGGCAACAUCAACACGUACAGCGAGGUGGAGAACGCACUGCAGCCGAUUAUAUUCGCCUCGAAGAUACGCAUAUAUCCCUAUGGUCAAUACGAUCGCACCGUCUGCCUGCGCGCCGAGAUUGUUGGCUGUCCCUGGGAAGAGGGCAUUGUUUCGUAUAGCAUACCCAAGGGCGUGCAGCGUGGCAUGGAGGUGGAUCUGUCGGACAAGACCUACGAUGGCAAUGAGCAGGGCGAUCGCUAUGUCGACGGCCUGGGUCAAUUGGUGGACGGACAGAAGGGCAAGGACAAUUUCCGCACCGAUAUACAUGGCUUUGGCAAAGGCUAUGAAUGGAUUGGCUGGAGAAAUGAUACGCCCGGCCUGAUGGGUAAACCCGUUGAAAUUGUUUUCGAAUUCGAUACGGUGCGCAAUUUCAGCGCCAUCAUUUUGCAUACGAACAACAUGUACACCAAGGAUGUGCAGGUCUUCGUCCAUGCCAAAGUCUUCUUUAGCAUUGGUGGACGCUACUUCUCUGGCGAGCCCGUACAGUUCUCCUAUAUGCCCGAUACCAUAAUGGAUCAUGCACGAGAUGUUACGAUUAAGCUGCACCACCGUGUGGGAAAAUAUCUGAAAAUCAAUUUGUACUUUGCUGUCAAAUGGAUUAUGCUAUCCGAGAUCAGUUUUAUAUCCGUACCAGCCAUGGGAAAUUUCACAGACGAACAGGAGCAGCGUAACAACGCGCCGGGCAACGCGCCGGAUACACGUGAAUAUCCUUUGCAGAGCAACGACUAUCAGCACAAUCAACAUGGCAAAAAUAAGCUGAACGGCGGCAACUCUGGCGGCGACACAAACGGCGGCGCCACUGAUGCCAGCGGCAACAACAACUACAACAAUGGGCCACAACUAAUUGCGCCGCGUCCCAUCGAUCAGGAGCCGAACGAGGCGAACUUCAUUGGCGUUGUCAUUGUUGUUCUAACCACAAUAAUUAUACUGCUCGUCGCCAUCAUCCUGUUCAUCGUGUCACGCACGAAGCGAGCACGCGGCAGCAAUGUGCUCGACGCAUUCCAAUAUAGCUUCAAUCCGAACACGCUGGGCGGCAAUGUCGACAAGCAUCGGCCCAAUGGCAAUAGCAUUAAGGCCAGCGUCGACGACAACGAUUCCAUUGGCAAGAACAGCCUUUACCACGAGCCCUUCAAUGUGAACAUGUAUACGAGCGGCGUGAACGGUUACGCAGCGGUUAAUGAUUUACAAUGUAAUAUGACGCCAGACUAUACAGAUGUGCCCGAAGGUGGCUACGCCGUGCCCCACAUGCAGGACUACAUGCCGGCUUCGAAAAUGGCCAAUGCCGCCGGCGUCGGCGGCUAUGUGAAUGUGCGACGAACGCCGCCGCCACCGCUGAGCAGCAUAUUCCCUAGGCCGCCCACGGUGCCGCCGCCGCCCAUGGAGAAAUACUAUGCGACCACGGCCAUAUUUAAGCCCAUCAAGGGCGGCUCGGCUGGCGGCGGCAGCAAUACGAAUACGGCCAGCAGCGGCGGCGGCAAGAGCAGCCACAGCAAUCAGGACCAGCUGAAUGGCAUCUAUGACGAUGGCAUGGGCACCAUGAACUCCCAGUCGACAGCGCCCAUGAUCAAUCCGUAUACCAGUGGCAAUAGUGCGGCUGCCGCUGCAGCAGCAGCUGAAUUUCAACGCGCCAGAACUUACAAUUUCCGCAGCUAUCCUGAUAAUCUCUAGUUCGAAGCUUCGCUCAAGUUGGCAGCAGCGGAGGCAGCCGUCGCUGGCAGCGAUCUGGCCGGCAUUAAGCGCACCAAUGCCGCCACCACCAUGCCCAAGAAGCCGCAGCAUUUGAGCAUCAGCAGCGGCAACAGCAGCGCCAACACUCUGGCCGCCAAGCCCAAAUAUAGCUUGACGCUGCACAACAACAAAUACAACAAGAACCCCACAUCGAUGCGCGACAAUCAUCAACAGCAGCAGCAGCAGCAGCAGCAGAGGCAGCAUCUGAAGGCGCUGCGUCUGACACGCGACGUGGGCAACUCAGAAGCCGCAAGCUGCGCUGCUCCCGAUUAUAAGAGGCCGACGCUAACGGGACACUCGCCCGCCGACGAUGUGGGCGUGCAUCUGAGCAGAACUGCGGCACUCAAAGCUGGCUCCGCUAAUGUCAACAGUGAAGCUUCGACUAACCAACCAACAACAACAACMACUGCAAAUGCAACAAAAUUGACUGGAAAUACGAGCGGAAAUGGAAACGGAACUGGAAUUGGAAUUGGAACGGCACCUGCAGCGGCAAACCCGCUGGCAAAUGGUGCCAUGCGUACACAAAACAACAGGCUGUGGUAUCAUUGAUGAAAACCCCAUAUUAAAUGGAUUUGAGGUGAGU